AUGACUUCUUUAGCGCAUCAACUAAAGCUCCUUGCUUUGCCACAGACUGACCCCAGCUUGAUUUACCGGAAACAAGUUGCUUCUCUGCUGUUUGAAGUCAAAGAAGCUGCAGUCCUUGAUAGAGAAACCUUUUUUGCUAUUGGUUGUACGGGUCUUUAUGAACUAAUGGGAAUUGAUUCCUCCUUUAAAGCUUUUGAGGAAACUCUGUUCAGCAGUACUUCGAAAAGUCUUGAGCGUAGUGUCCAAACGAAGGCUGUUAACCAACAGUUGGAUGAAAGCAUUUCUUUGUUUCUCACACAUCUGUCUCCAUACUUUAUGCUCAAACCAGCCAAGAAGUGUUUGGAGUGGCUUAUCCACAGGUUUCAAGUACAUCUUUACAAUGAAGAGAGCCUAAUAGGCUGUGUCCUUCCCUAUUAUGAAACCAAAGCGUUUGUCCGAGUAAUUCAGCUCUUAAGGAUCUCAAACCCAACUCAUAAAUGGCACUGGUUGCACGCAAUUCAGAAAUCAGGUGUCCCAUUGGCCCGAAGUACUCUAAUCAUGCAUUGUUAUAUGGACAUAGGAUUUUUGGAGUUCAUCUGC